CAAGCUUGUAUUGGCCUACAAAAUAAGCUCAGAGGAUCCAAGAGCAAAGCCAACAUCCAGAUAUGCUGGGGCACCAGGAUACUCCUCUGGUUGUGUUACGGCAGGGCAGAAGAUGUCUGCAAUGUGGGGAACUGUUGAAUGAGUCCCAAGAACACAGUUCUUUAGUGGGAUGUCGGUGUUACACCCCACUUACCGAGUCUGCUGUUCGUGUUGGAGAGAAGGGCAGUGAGAGAUCUGAUAAACCCCACUGGACAGCCGGACGUUUGGGAGAUAUUGAUUUUGUCGGUGUCAGUCGGACCAGGGCCAAGUUUGUUAGGGUGACCAGCUCCACAGAACCAGCAGAAAUCUAUCAGAUUUUGACUCAGCAGUGGGGUCUGGCCCCUCCUCAUCUGGUGGUGGCACUAAUGGGCGGUGAUGAAGUAGCUCAGCUGAAGCCCUGGUUGAGGGACACACUUAGGAAAGGCCUUGUAAAGGCGGCACAGAGCACAGGAGCGUGGAUCCUCACCAGUGGUUUGCGUUUUGGCAUCACCAAGAACCUGGGUCAGGCCGUAAGGGACCACUCUCUAGCGAGCACUUCCUCUAAGGUGCGAGUGGUGGCCAUUGGAAUUGCUCCCUGGAACAUGAUUCAGAACAGAGAUCUGCUGCUGUCUGCAAAGCCUGAUCAUCCAACAACAUACCCAUAUGAGGAUCUUCCCCACGGUGCAGUGUACUCCUUGGACUGCAAUCAUUCCCAUUUGAUCCUGGUGGAUGAGGACCCCCAGAGACCUGGAACCACUGCUGAGAUGAGAGUCAAGAUGCUCAAACACAUCUCUCUGCAGCGCACAGGAUAUGGGGGCACAGGCAGUAUAGAAAUCCCUGUUUUGUGUCUUCUGGUUCAUGGAGAGCCAAGGAUAUUACAGAAAAUGUACAAGAAUAUUCAGAAUUCAAUACCCUGGCUGAUUUUAGCUGGCUCAGGAGGAGUCGCCGAUAUUUUAGUGACCCUGAUGGACAGAGGAUGCUGGGAUGCUGAUAUGGUGCAAGAACUGUUGAUAAACACCUUCCCUAAUGGCCUACACAGCACUGAAAUCCCUUCCUGGGUCAAACUGAUCCAGAGAAUAUUGGACCAUGGUCACCUGCUGACAGUGCAUGACCCAGAGCAGGAUUCCGAACUGGACACAGUGAUUCUCAAAGCACUGGUUAAGGCAUGUAAGAGUCAGAGUCAGCAAGCGCAGGACUUCCUGGAUGAGUUGAAACUGGCUGUGGCCUGGAAUAGGGUAGACAUCGCUAAAAGCGAGAUCUUCAGUGGAGAUGUGGCAUGGAGUGCUCAGGACCUGGAGGAGGUGAUGAUGGAGGCACUGAUGAAUGACAAACCUGACUUUGUGCGUCUGUUUAUUGAUAAUGGUGUGAACAUAAAUGAGUUCCUAACUUAUGGCCGUCUUCAGGAGCUCUACUGCUCUGUGUCUGAGAAAAACCUCCUUCACACUCUGCUCCUGAAAAAGCAUCAGGAGAAACAGGUUCAUUUGGCCAGCAAACGGAUGUCAGGGCACCCCCACACUGAACCAGGUGACCGCAGGCCUCGUUUCACCUUCCAUGAGGUCUCCAAAGUCCUUAAAGACUUUCUUGAUGACACCUGUAAGGGUUUCUACCAAAAACUUCCAGCGGAAAGGAUGGGGAAAGGCCGGCUUUUCCACAGCCAGAAAAACCUCCCAGACAUGGACCGACGUUGUGAGCACCCUUGGAGAGACCUCUUCAUUUGGGCUAUUCUGCAGAAUAGGCAGGAAAUGGCAAACUACUUCUGGGCCAUGGGCCCGGAGGCUGUGGCAGCUGCUCUGGUGGGCUGUAAGAUCAUGAAGGAGAUGGCCCAUCUGGCUACUGAAGCAGAGUCUGCUCGCAGUAUGAAGAAUGCCAAGUAUGAGCAGUUUGCUAUGGAUCUGUUCAGUGAGUGUUAUUCAAACAGUGAAGACCGAGCCUAUUCCCUUCUGGUGAGGAAAACACGCUGUUGGAGCAAAGCAACUGUCCUGAAUCUCGCCACUGUGGCAGAUGCCAAAUGCUUUUUUGCUCAUGAUGGUGUCCAGGCCCUCCUGACCAAAGUCUGGUGGGGAGCCAUGAGGACAGACACUGCCAUCUCUAGACUUGUGCUCACGUUCUUCAUCCCUCCCCUUAUUUGGACCAGUCUCAUCAAGUUCAAUGCAAUAGAGCAAGUGAGCCAAGGUGAAGGGGAGCCGUUUGAUGAGCUGGACAGUUUGGAAACAGAGCGAGCCUUGAUGCUCACAGACGAGGACCCGGUUGAAGGUGGCGGUGACCCUACAGUGCAGAGCUGCAGUGCAACCUUCAUUCAUGUUGUGCUGCGACGGUGGAAUCGUUUCUGGAGUGCUCCAGUCACUGUGUUCAUGGGGAAUGUCAUCAUGUACUUUGCCUUCCUCAUUCUGUUCAGUUACGUGCUCCUCCUGGACUUCCGGCCCCCACCACCGAACGGCCCAUCUGCAGCUGAGAUCAUCCUCUACUUCUGGGUCUUUACCCUGGUGUUGGAGGAAAUCCGACAAAGUUUCUUCACGGAUGAGGACAUGAGUAUUCUAAAGAAGAUGAAGCUAUAUGUGGAGGAUAACUGGAACAAAUGUGACAUGGUGGCCAUCUGUCUGUUCGUGGUGGGAUUGUCAUGCAGGAUGGCCACAAGCACCUAUGAUGCUGGCCGAACUGUUCUUGCUUUGGACUUCAUGGUUUUCACCUUAAGACUCAUCCACAUUUUUGCUAUUCAUAAGCAACUCGGGCCUAAAAUCAUCAUUGUGGAAAGAAUGAUCAAGGACGUGUUCUUCUUCCUCUUCUUCCUCACCGUGUGGCUGGUAGCGUAUGGAGUGACGACACAGGCCCUUCUGCACCCCAAUGACCCGCGCAUCGAUUGGGUCUUCCGCAGGGCGCUGUACCGCCCAUAUCUUCAUAUAUUUGGACAGAUUCCUCUGGAGGAAAUAGAUGCGGAAAAGAUGUCAGAUGAUAACUGCACUACUGAUGUGCAGGAGAUCAUCUUAGGCACUCUGCCACCCUGCCCAAACAUAUACGCCAACUGGCUGGUCAUUCUGCUGCUCGUCAUCUAUUUGCUGGUCACAAAUGUGUUGCUGCUCAACCUUCUUAUUGCCAUGUUCAGCUACACCUUCCAGGUGGUGCAGGAGAAUGCAGACAUCUUCUGGAAGUUUCAACGCUAUAACCUGAUUGUUGAAUACCACAGCCGCCCGGCACUAGCCCCACCCUUUAUCAUCAUCAGCCACAUCUCUCAAGCUCUCCUCAGCCUCGUCAGAACAACAGAAACCAAGCAGGAUCUGCUUGAGAGGGAACUACCAUCUGGCCUGGACCAGAAGCUGAUGACAUGGGAGACAGUGCAGAAGGAGAACUACCUGGCUAAACUGGAACGAGAGCAUAGGGAGAGCAGUGGAGAGAGACUCAGAUACACUUCCUCUAAGGUACAGAGUUUGCUGAGGUUGGUUGGGGGUUUCAAGGAUCAAGAAAAGCGCAUGGCAACAGUGGAGACUGAGGUGAGGUAUUGUGGAGAGGUGUUGUCUUGGAUUGCGGAGUGUUUCCACAAAAGUACUCUGAAGUGUGACAGAGACGCGCCUAAAGCCCCACGGUCCAUUGCCAGCAGCUCCAGAAACCUACAACCACAGGAAGCCAAACAACAGCAGCCAUCAGGACAUUCAGGAUAUGGUGCCGAAAAGAAACUGCCUUACAUUGAUCAGUGAUCUGGCUAUAUUAUUAUGCAUUUUUUUAUCAUUUACUAGAAAUAGGAUAUCAAUAGUUAUAGUAUGUCAUUGUAAUUGAGAGUCCAGGCAACAAAAUGAAAGACAAAAUAUGUGCAGAUUUUGUUUUUAUUUUGAUUUUGCCGUUAUUUCUUGUACAAAUUUUCUGUUUUGUGUCUUUUUUGUAGCUAUAUAGCACUAUAUAAUAAUUAUCACUAUUAACAUUUGCUAACAUUUUUCUAGGUAGAAGAAUAUUAGAUUUUUCUUUUUCUUCUAUCAACACCCAGCCAAACUGUUUCAGUAAAAUGAACAUUUUAAAUUGAAUUACCAUUUUGAGGAAUUGUAUGAAUGCUACACAGUCUGAGCCCUUGACGUCCUCAUUUCAGUUGACUAGACGUACAUGUACACACUAUCAUUCAGAAAUUUGGGGUCGGUAAGAUUUUUUUAUGUUUUUGAAAAAAGCCUCUUAUGCUUACCAAGGCUGCAUUUAUUUGAUCAGAAAUACAGUUUAAAAAAACAGUGAUAUUGUAAAAUAUUAGCACAAGUUAAAAUAACUGUUUACUAUUUGAAUAUAUAUUUUAAAAUGUGAUUUAUUCCUGAGAUGGCAAAGCUGAAUUUUCAGCAUCAUUACUCCAGUCUUCAGUGUCACAUGA